UCUCACUUAGGAGCCUUGUCAGGAGCCCUCCUGGCCCAAGAGGAUGAGGGUGCUUUCACUGGAACUAAAUCUGGUAUAAAGUUGAGUCGGCAAACAAGGAGAUUCUUGGGUACAUUAACAUUAGUUAAAGGUCAAUAUUGCUUGGACAAUCAUUUUCCAACAUACUUGAGCUUUGUGACACGUCCGUCACACAUGGAGAAAGUCUGCACAGGACAAGCAGAAGACAAUGGUGAAAUGGAGAGUAGGCACCACCUAUUGGAUGCCCCAAUGGGAAAAGGCCCCCCGAGCAGGACCUGAGGACAACGUCAAGUCUCGCCACGUGUGAGAUCGAGCAACCAGGAUUCAGCGGCAGGAGGAGGUAGAACACAUCCAUUGUGGCUAGUAGCAGCCAUUGAUAUCCUCCAUGAAUUUGUUGACGCCUCUUUUAAAGCCACCCAAGUUGGCAUCCAUCACUGUUUCUUGUGGGAGGGAAUUCCCUAGUUUAACUACGUGCUGUCUGCUCUGAAUCUUCCGAUGUUCGGCUUCCUUGGAUGACCCCUCUGGGUUCGAGUAUUAUGAUGAGAGAGGGAGAAAAGCGCCUCUCUGUCCACUUCCUUCCUUCCUUAUCUCUGGCAUUUGCCUCUCGUCUCUCUCCACACUCCCGCCCCUCUGUCUCUUCCCCUUCUUGUGAUUGCUGUCUGGCAGGUGGGGGAUGAGUGACACCCUUUGGAGUUUGACCCCCAAAUCCCUGAUAAGGAAACAGUACAGCACUCCUUCCUGUGAGCGGCAUCAAAGGGGUGACAGAGUAACCAGGCCCAAUGAAUUGAGCACAGCUCUGCCUAUAAAUUUCCCCUUUCAUGCCUCGUGAAGAUGAAAAGCAGCCCCAUUGGCUCUGCUGGCAAUAUUUAACCCACCUUGUGGAUUCACCAGAGACUGGCAGCAUUGAGGGGGAUGGAAGAGACCCAAAGUGGCAGGAAAUGUGGAGAACUGAAUUUAAGAUUGGAAAAAUGAGAAAAGGAGAGACCCAAAAUCGACUGAUCUUUCCAUUCCUAUCAGCAAAUAAACAUAUCAGGAGAUAAAGGCAUCUGGCUGAAACGAGAGGCCAUGGAGCCAAGCACUGCCACUCUGCCGCCUGCCUCCACGGGCAGCUGGGACGCCUUCCCCGAGAAGAACUUGGAAGCCGUCGAUAUCGUCGUCUUGGUCCUGUACUUCGUCUUUGUGUUGGCUGUUGGGCUGUGGUCCAUGUGGAAGACAAAGCGAAGCACAGUGAAGGGCUACUUCCUAGCUGGAGGCGAGAUGGUCUGGUGGCCGGUGGGGGCUUCUCUGUUUGCUAGUAAUGUCGGCAGUGGGCAUUUCAUCGGCCUGGCAGGCUCUGGGGCAGCCUCUGGAAUUGGGGCCACAGCUUAUGAGUGGAAUGGCAUGUUCUGUGUUCUGGUGAUGGCAUGGCUGUUUCUGCCCAUCUACGUUGCAGCUGGGGUUACAACCAUGCCGGAGUAUUUACAGAGACGGUUUGGGGGCAAAAGGAUACAGAUCUUCUUAGCGAUUCUCUACUUGUUUAUCUAUAUAUUCACCAAAAUCUCAGUUGACAUGUAUGCUGGGGCACUGUUCAUCCAGCAGGCCUUACACUGGGAUCUCUAUGUGGCUGUCAUUGGACUCUUGAUAAUCACAGCUAUUUACACUGUGGCAGGUGGCCUGGCGGCCGUGAUCUACACGGACACCCUCCAGACGGUCAUCAUGCUGGCUGGUGCACUGACUCUGAUGGGCUUCAGCUUUGCCAAAGUUGGAGGGCUGGAAGAUUUGCAGAACAGAUACUUCACAGCCAUUGCUAGCAGCCACCAUGGAAACAGCAGCUGCGGCUUGCCCAGGGAAGAUGCCUUUCACAUCUUCCGGGACCCUGUCACGUCUGACCUUCCCUGGCCAGGAGUCCUGGUUGGAAUGACCAUCCCAUCAUUGUGGUACUGGUGCACAGACCAGGUCAUUGUUCAAAGGUCUCUUGCAGCCAAGACCCUCUCUCAUGCCAAAGGGGGUGCCUUGCUGGCCUCCUACUUGAAAAUCCUGCCUCUGUUUAUGAUGGUUUUGCCUGGCAUGAUCAGCCGGAUCCUCUUCCCAGAUCUUGUGGCCUGUGCUGAUCCAGAAGUCUGUAAAAAGAUCUGUGGCAAUCCGUCUGGAUGCUCUGACAUCGCAUACCCAAAACUUGUCAUCGAACUUCUGCCACUGGGUCUAAGAGGGCUCAUGAUGUCCGUGAUGAUCGCUGCUCUGAUGUCCUCUCUGACUUCCAUCUUCAACAGCGCAAGCACCAUUUUCACCAUGGAUCUCUGGCGACAUUUCAGGCCUCUCUCUUCCGAGUGGGAGCUCAUGAUUGUUGGCAGGGUAUUCGUCCUGCUCCUCGUAGUCAUCUCCAUUUUGUGGAUCCCACUGGUCCAGGCCAGCCAGGGUGGCCAACUCUUCAUUUACAUCCAGACUAUCAGUUCCUACCUGCAGCCCCCGGUGGCCGUGGUCUUCAUUCUGGGCUGCUUUUGGAGGCGAACAAAUGAAAAGGGUGCAUUCUCUGGUCUUUUGGUUGGCAUGAUAAUGGGCCUGAUCCGGAUGGUGCUGGAUUUCAUCUACCUACAGCAGCGGUGCGAUGAGCCAGAUGACAGGCCAGCUGUGGUGAAAUACGUGCACUAUCUCUACUUCUCCAUGAUGCUGGGGCUGGUCACGCUGGUGGUGGUGGUGGCUGUUAGCCUCUUGACGGAGCCACCUCCAAAAGAAAUGGUCAGCCGUCUUACCUGGUUCACGCGCAAGGAUGCUCCCGCAGAGGACAUUCCAGCAGCUCCUGGUGCUCCUUCACCCAUCCCAGCCAAUGGCAUCCAUGAGGCUGGUGUUCCAUCUACAGUGCAGCUUGAUAUCAGUGAUGGGGGCACUGAAGACAUUUGCAGUGAUAAUGCUUGUGCCUUGGAAGGUAAGAAGGCCUCUAAAUUCACGAGGCUGCUUCUGUGGAUCUGUGGGAUGGAGAGGGAACAAAAGGACACCCCUAAGACUGCUGCUGAGCUCAAAAGAGAAGCGGCUGCAGCGUCCCUGGAAGAAGCUCCGCUGGUGAAACACAUCCUCAACAUCAACCUGAUAUUGUGCUUAAGCGCCGGCGUCUUCCUCUGGGCUUACUUUGCGUAGUAUUGAGCUGUGCUGAUUUAAGGGACGCUGCCGACUCCCCUUCAGCCACAAACAGAUGUGAAUUGCACUAAGGUGGACUGAGAUGGAGGAUUGCACUGAACAACAAUUCUGUACAAAACAAAAUGCGUUACAUUCUACAGAACAGGAAAGGCCUCACGGUUUGUGGAUGGACUUGAGGAGUUCGCACUGGGUGAGACCUGGAGCCUCUUCAAUGUAAGCGGGUCCCUGGCAGCAAUUAUGGACAAAGGCCAGUGGAAUCUUUGCUUGGCACAAAGCCCCCUUUUAAAAAAAUGAAGCACUUUCCUUCAGCAUGCAUUUCCUGACAGUUGCACGGCCACAGUGACCAAUAUUGCCCCAUGCCUCAUUUGUGCCUCUGUGUCUUUAAUGCAGCCUUCAGCAACCUGGUGCCAUCCAGAUGUUUUGGACCACAACUCCCAUCAGUCUGGGAAUUGUGGUCCCAAACAUCUGGAGAGCACCAGGUUGCUGAAGGCUGCUUUAACAUCAUGCCACUCAGGCUUGCACACGCAUGCUAUGGUGAUACUGUAGCUCCACGGAGCUUAGGGUGGGGGUGGGGAAGAGCCAAGGGGUGUGUGUGCGUGCAUGUGUGUGAGGUCUGCCACUCACACAAGCAACAUCAAUGCCACCAAUGUCAUUGCAGGGGGAAUGCCCACCUGCACUUCAUGGAUCUCUAUGACGUGGGCAUUCCCUUUCAUAUUAAAGUGACCAACUGGUGACACUCUUGUUCAUACCCACACUGGAAGACCUUCUACGUCGCAAAAUGACCGUGACUUGAGUUUCAGACUGACAGACAUUUUGAAACUCUAGUCAUAGUCAGGGCUUUCUUGAAAAAAUCAAACCUGGCAGCUGUGACCCUCUGAGCAGUACUGGCUCCAGGCCUUGGAGGGCCCUCGGGGGGAAAACCCUGCCCCCCCCUCCAGUGAUGGCUGGUGCCCAUUGGGACUGGUGAGGCGGAAGGCAGGGAGGUCCAACAGUAGGUGGAGCCAGAGAGCCAAUACUAGGCAGAGCCAACUAAUCCUAGUUUUGUACCCCUCCUCUUCCCUGCUGAGUUCUACAAGGGGCAAAACUCAGGAGGAGGAGGCUGACCGCAGCCAGAAGGCAGGCCAGUGAGGGCCGGCUGAGGGCAGACUGUGGUUGGUGGGGCAGUGCCCCAUGCACCCUAUUGGAGCAGCCUCCACAGCUCUCUUCCUUCACUGAGUCUGCCAUUAUCACCAGCUGGUGCUGAUCCUCUUCCUCACCAUGGCUACCACCUGGCUUGCGUACCAGGCAGUGUGCCCGUGACUAAAGCAGCCCACGGCAUCUACAGCUCUCCCUCCUCACUGCCACUGUUGCCUGGGCCAAAGCGAGAGGCAGGGGGGCACACUGAAAGGAGUGGGUCCAGAGAGCUCUUGCCAGUAGGCCCUUCUCUGCUAGGGUGAGGGCCCAUAGUAGAUGCCCAAACAUGCUGACUGUUUGGCACCGUUCCUGCCUCUACGAAUGUAAGAACUGUCUUGCUGGAUGAAAGCGAGGCCUAUCUUGUCUGGCCACCUGUUUCCAACCGCUAGUCAGCCAGGUGCCUCAGAAGGAGAGUGUCAGAAUUAUGCCCUCUCCCGUUGUUGCCAGAACAAAUGUCUGGUAUCCAGAGAUCAAGAGAUGGAUUGAUUCCAUAAAGGAAGCCACAGACCUGAACUUACAAGCUCUGAACAGGGUGGUUUAUAACAGGUGCUCUUGGAGGUCGCCGAUUCAUAGGGUCGCCAUAAGUCAUAAUCGACUUGAAGGCACAUAACAAUAACAACAACAACAUCCAGAGAUAACUGUCUCUGCAGUUGUGGGUUCCAGGCUUAUAGCUGCCAUUAGGCCCAUUUAAGCUAAAUAUUUUGAAUGUGACAAUGGUCCAAACUAUUGCUCACCGGGACCAGGUGAAAGCAGUGGAUCCUGCAGAACAGCUCACACCCUCUUUGCUCCUCGGCAGCUCUGUUAGCUCAGCAUGGCACAAACCUUGGCUACAGAAUGAUCAUAGUUGAGAAGGAGAGAUCUCAACCACAGCCCCAGUUCACUAAGGCAAGCUUUGGCUGAGCUGCCGUGCCAAGCUAAAAGGACCGGGAAUGAGCAAAGUGGCUGCGACCUCCUCCCUGGGAGUCAGCACAUUCGCAUGUUCCCACUAAGCCAUUGCUUGGAUCAGGUUUACGUGCAAAUGCAGCCAUUGUGAACAAGGACUUUUGUUCGGCCUGAACCUGCUGCAAUGCAGGAUGGGUGAUCCUCCUGCAAGAUUGUUGUUCUUACUCUGGAUUGUGGGGCUGGGAGCCAUGAACAGGCUUAGAAAUUAUUUACAUGGGGACAUAACAAGCUGCCUCAUACUGAGUCAGACCAUUAGUCCAUCUAGCUCAGUACUGUCAGCACUGACUGGCGGCUCCUUUCCAGGGUUUCAGGCAGGGGACAUCCCCAGCCUUACCUGGCGACACCAGGUAUUGCACCAGGGACCUUCUGCAUGCAAAGCAGGUGUUCUAUGCACUGAGCUGGAGUCCUUCCCUUUACAUUUGUAGGACAGACAUGCCUUAAGGCUCUCAGUCACUGCGAAGCCAACUGUUAUGUUCUCUGUCCUCUCCUGCAGCUGUAUAUUCCAAGUAUGUUUGAUUUACAGAUGUGUUUAUAAUGUACAGCUCUGUAUAUUUCAGUGUUUAUAAUGCUGAUGACAAGUGAAAAACUAAUAUUAGAUGCUAAUUUUACAAAGAGCAUCAUCUUGAAAAAUGAGUAUGUACAGGAAGAGGGUCUUCAGCAGGAUAAUAAACUGCAAUGUGAUGCCAGAGGAUGAGAGCGCAAAAUGGCCUUUUCUAGGAUGCCGGGCAAUUGCAUAACCUCCCAAAGAACAUCUGUGGCCAUGGCUAGAAAGGAGAAAGAGACGGCAGUUGGAAGUUACAAAAUAUUUGUGAGCUGCAGAGGGAUGACCAACUGGAGAGCGUUUUCAGUAUCCCUUUUACUGUACAUAAGAAUGCAGAGUAGCUUUUUUACAGAGUAUUUUAUGAGCAAUGUCAUGUUUUUCAUGGUCUUUUAAAGAAUAUCAAUGUGUGUGUUUUUAUUUAUUGUUCUGAAUGGAGCCUGGUGUCUAUGCAGGGAUGCCUCAACGUGCCUGAGCGUCUUUUGUUUCAGCCACUUUUCCUCACAAUGCAAUAACCAGUCUAAUCCAGUGGCCUGUUUGCACCAGCUUCAGUGACGUGUGGAACAGUUGCACAUGAUUCACGGGGAAAUUUAUGCAAAUCCUUGUCUUUUGGGCAUAUGGCAGGAGGAUUAUAUGUUGUGCUGAUAGUAUUUAAAGCUCAGCUGUGUAAUGCUUGUGAGGUGCAUCCCAAAGCAUGUUUCCUCGGAAGUAAGUUUGCUUAUGACGGCUGCCUUCAUUGUACAGAAGAAAUUCAGCACUGACGAGACUAUGCUCAAACUUGGCUGCCAAUAAAUA